GUACCAUUUUCAACACAUCAAACACAGCCAUAAAUCGCACUUCCCUCGUCAUGCCAUCCCAUCAAACGAAAAUGAUGUCCAGCCUCAGUCUCAGUCUCACACCCGCUGACUAACCCCCGCCGCAUCCCCAUCGGCGCAACACAAAAAAAACACCCCGACCUCCGCCAUCCGCCAUCCGCCAUCCGCUCCCCAAACGCCCAAAGACAUCAAAACCUACCACGAAACCCCACCCUCUCCACCCUCAAACCUACACGAAAACCCACGCGCAACCACCACCCCCAAAAACACCUUCGAAAAUGGACGCACUAUCCCCCUCCCUCGGCAACAUCGACAUCAGCAAGCUCAGCACCGCAGACAAACAAGCGCUCCAGCAAUUCGUCAUGAACGAGGGUCAGAAGGCUAGGAUACAGAGUUCCAUCCACGCCCUAACCGACACAUGUUUCCGCAAGUGCAUCCCGAUGGGGGUCGUGAAGAGCGGGAAACUGGAUCGGUAUGAGGAGCCGUGUAUGAGGCAGUGUGUGGAUCGGUUUUUGGAUGCGAAUCUGGUUGUUUUGAGGGAGUUGGAGAGGUUGAGGCAGUAA